GGCAGCAUUUUUCCACCGGGUGGCAACGUCUGGCAGCGUGGCGUCGUUCUUGCGCCCUUGCGGUCAUUUAUUUGAAGCUAACGAAUCCUAAAACGAAAGCAAGUUAAAGAAAAUUAAAAGUGCUCAGCUGUAAACGAAAUACAAACUAACAAAAUGAAAGCAAUGGCUCGUACGCCGAUGCGCGUUCCGAAAACGCCGCGGUCAGCGCAGUCGCAGCAGGCGCAAAUGGAGAAGCGGCGAGAUUUGUCGGCGGGAAAAGCGCAGGAUCCGGUGAAUGUGUUUUGCCGCGUGCGUCCACUGCAAUCGGAUGCGGACUUGACGAGUAUGCGUGUCAAGAACUCGACAACAAUUGCCGUGAAUGCGCAGGAUCAGCUGCUGCAUCAAAACAAACAGAAUGGAGCACAGCGCGAGAUUCAGUACAUCUUUAAGCACGUCUUUCAGCCGGAUGCCACGCAACAGGAUGUGUUUGCAGCCGUUGCCCAGCCACUGGUGGAUAAUCUCGUGCGUGGCCGGAACAGUUUGCUCUUCACCUACGGCGUAACUGGGAGUGGCAAGACGUACACAAUGACGGGCAACUCGCGGCAUCGUGGUGUCAUGCCACGUUGCCUGGAUCUGCUCUUUCGCACCAUUGCCGACUACCAGGCCAAGAAGUUCGUCUUCAAGCCGGACAAACUGAACGGGUUUGAGAUCCUGUCCGAGGAGGAUGCGCUGCUCGAGCGUCAGCAUGAGAUGAAUCAACGCUUUGCCGGAGCGGGAAGAUUUGCAUUCCGUCGCAAGGAAUCGGAUCCGGAAAUCGCAUCACAGGCAUCCGUGGAGCCAACACCAUUGUCCGUGCUGGACGAGGACAACAUGUACUCCGUGUUUAUCACCUAUGUGGAGAUGUACAACAACAGCGUGUACGAUCUGCUGGAGGAUUCGGGCAUACAAAAAUCGUUGCAGUGUAAGAUCAUCCGCGAGGAUGCCAAUCAUCAGAUGUUCGUGCACGGCGUCACCGAAGUGGAGGUGAAGACGGUGGACGAGGCCCUCGAGGUGUUCCAGAUGGGACAGAAGCGCAAGCGGAUGGGCAACACGGUGCUCAAUGCGGAGUCGAGUCGCAGUCACUCCGUGUUCAACAUACGUCUCGUCCAGGCGCCCACCGAUUGCCAGGGUGAGCAUGUGGUGCAGGACAAGCACAACAUUACAGUGAGUCAACUCUCGCUGGUGGAUUUGGCGGGCAGUGAGAGAUCCUCGAGGACCAAGAACACCGGAGUACGGUUGCGGGAGGCGGGCAACAUCAACAACUCGCUGAUGACGCUGCGCACGUGUCUGGAAUACCUGCGGGAGAACCAACAGGUCAGUCCCAAUCCAGCGCCCAAGAAGAUUCCCUAUCGCGACUCGAAGAUCACGCACAUGUUCAAGAACUACUUUGAUGGCGAGGGUCAGGUGUCCAUGAUUGUGUGCAUCAAUCCGCGCAUGGAGGAUUACGAUGAGAAUAUGCAAGUGAUGAAGUUCGCCGAGAUGACACAGGAGGUGCAAAUAGCGCGUGCCACGCCCAUGAAACCAGAUCUCGGCCUGACACCAGGUCGUCGCAAGGCCAAUAAGCUGUUUAAGAUCGCUGUCAACAAUCUCAAUGAGCUGGGCAUCCCAGAGGCCAAGCAGCUGGAGGUGGAUGUGGGUCUGGUGUACAGCCUGGGAGCUGAUUUUCCCAACUAUCAAAUGGACAGUCCCGAGACGGAGUGCAAGAUCCAGGAGCUAAUGCAGUACUUGGAGCAGCGCAUCGAGAGACGCCGCAAACUGCGCGCCAACAUGGACAUUAAAUGUGACAACUUCCGGCAGCUGCUGAUGACUUUGGAUCGGGACAAUCUGCAGCUGCGCACGGAGCUGGCUUCCCUGAAGGCCGUCUAUAAACAGGAGCGGGAACGCAGCGCCGCUCUGGAGAACAAAGUUCGCAUCCACGAGAGCUCCAUUGAUGUGCUGAACAAUACGCUGAGCAAGCGGGAGCGACAGAUACAGGAGUUAAGCCACAAACUCAACGAGCAGGACCAACUGCUCUCGCAAAAGGAGCAGGAGAAGGAGAAGCAAAAGAAGAAGUUCAAUUCCAAGCUGGCCGUUGAGUCCGACAAGAAUAAGCGCGAGUUCGAUAUGAAGUUGCGGGAACAGCGGGCCAAGAUGCAGGAACGCAUGCGCAUUAAGGAUGAGAAGCUGCGCCUGGUCUCCAACAUACUGCAGUCGGAGGAUGUGCCCAGUCUGCCGCGUUCCCAGAGCUCAGAGGACUUGCUGAACGAGAAGGAACGCGGUGGCUUCACCGCACGCACGGAGUCCUCAGUGCCGCCAACGACGCGAACCGAACGCACCGAUAUCUACUGCACACCACGACAUGGCUUGGCAGCUGCCAAUAAUCGACAUCGACGCUCUCGAUCCGCCGGCGACAAGUGGCUGGAGCAUCGUGCUGCAAAUCCUGUGCCACUGGGCACCAUUAUGCAGCCGUAUCUGAAGAAUCGCAAGUCCGUAACGAAGCUGAUGGACAUGAAGGAACUGACGGGUCAUGGCACCACCAAAUAUUGCCUCGUCUCCCAGGAGGCGGACACCGAUGGCGAUGUGGAGACGAAACUGUACAAGGGCAAUGUGAUUCCCACCUGCGGUGGCGGUGCACAGGUUGUCUUCAAUGAUGUUGAAUGUCUACGGCAGAAAUCUCCCGUACAUUCGCCCACCCGUAAACGUCCGAGCAACAGCAAUUUAUCGGCAUCCGCCUUUGGUGGACAGUUGCCCAGCACUGGACUCACCUCCGUCCAGGAUGUCGCCUCGCGUUGCAAUCUCGGCAUCGAGGGACACAGCAACAAAAAGUCCAAAAUGUAAACACUCUCGAGUGUUUUCUCUUUUUCCAGUUAAUUACAUAUGUAUUAUACUCAAUCGCAUAACCGUUUAAUAAGUUGAAUCGCAAAUGAAGUGAUUUGUUUUAAGUUUACAAACUCAAUUAAAGAAGUCUAUAAUAUUCAAUUUCAA